CGAUCCCUUAAAAUGCAAUGGAGGUUAUUGUCCGAAACGGAUAUAAAAAGCUUUUUUGAAUUAUUUCGAAUCAGAUUUUUCUCAGAAUGACUUUGGCGUUUGUUCAGUUUUGUUUCGGUUUAGUACUGUUUACCAUCGCGACAGCUGGACCUAUCGGUCCAACUGCAAAACCUGAGGAGAUAUACUACCCGAGACCUUAUGACUUUGGAUAUCAAAUGGAUAACGGUAACGGCACUAUGUUGCAUCGACAAGAAACAGCUGAUGAAGAUGGAUCAGUGAAGGGAUCUUAUGGAUAUGUUGACGGCAACGGUUACUGGAGAACUGUGGAAUACAACGCUGGUAAAAAUGGCUACCAUGCCAAGGUGUCUUCCAAUGAACCAGGUGUCAUUAGUCAAAAUAGUGCUGAUGCUGUUUUUCUUGUGAAGCUUGGUCAACCGUAAUGUGCUAUUUGGAUGUCAUUUCAGUCAAGUUGGAGAUUUCUAUGAAGAUGAACUAAGAUAAACUGAAUUUUUUAUUCUUUUUGUAAACAAGUCAUAUCGAGAAACUUUGUGGCCAAAAAUAUUUUUUACUGAUUAAACUCAUCGUUUUUUUUUAAAAAAAUUGGAAUCUUUUUUUUAUACUUUGAAACAAACAAAUAUCAUAACUGCCAAUUUGUAUAGUUGUUGAGAAAGCUAUUUCUUAGAUGAAACAUUUAUGUUUUGAAGUAUAAAUCUUGAUUUUAUUUCAAUUUUCUUUUUUAAUUUACUUACCAUGAAAUACUGAUAUGCUAAGUCAUAUCAGUAUUUCAAACAUAUGUCUAUAGGAUUGAUCAGCAAGACAAUCACGUUUCUCAGUGUUAUUCUUCAAAGGAUUUUAAUUAAAAAAAAUUAAAAACAAACUUCCUACUGAAAAUAUUAUUUUACUACCAUUUAGUAAAAAUUUUCCAAGCGUCCGUACAAGUUGGCAGGUACGAAGCGCAUAUUAAAAUAUAAUCCUAAUGGUUUUCAAGGCACAUUUUAAAUAUGUUAAAUAAAUAGUGAUACUCAUAAAUUACGAUACGGAAUAAAACACGUAAAACUUACUUUUGCUGAACAUUAAACAUACCUCUUUUUUGACUUUUAUUCUGAAUAUAUAUAAAAUGCUAUCCCAUAUAAAAAGCUGUUACAGAUAAAAGAGAUUACAAUAGUUUAGUCUCAAUAGUUUAAUCAUCAUCUCCUACAUCAGAAAACCUCCCCACGGUUUAUUAAAAUUGUCUAUGCAAACUAUUUAAAAAGUGAAUCAUGAACUGAACAUCUAUUA